GGUACACCAAAGGAAGGGCGGUUCGAUUGGAGGCUUCGCCGCAUGCUGUGAAGCACAUUUGCAUUUUGUCCGGCAACAAGCGCGUUUGAGGGUCCAUGAGAAGGUACAUCUUUCAGAUACUGUCUUUGAAGUAUUCUCCUCAUUGCAUUAAGUGGGCACCGGAGCAGUCAAUGCGGCGGAGUAUCAAAGUGUAGAUUCUCAGGUAUCGCCACUGCUCCAUGUUUCAGUUGGCACUGCAUCCCUCCCUGGUUCGAGGAGCCAGAUUGCGCGGUGCCGCAAGUUUAUUAUAGCGGAAGUAGAGGGAUGUAACUGUCACUGGGAUUCUCAAAGCCUUUCCUUUAACCACCCCCCCUAAAGCAGAGCCCCCCACAUUGCUACAACUCUGAACCAGAUCCCAUCCCUUCAACAAAACCCCUUUCUCUCUAUCAGGUUUCUGAUAGGAAUCAGCCCCCUGCAAUCAAACCCACCUCUUAUCAGCAGAGCCUUUUCCUGUUGAUCCACCCACCCGUCAAGCACCCCCCCUCUGUCACUUCCAGGUGCAAACCAACAAUCACCCUUGUUGGGUCUUCCCACCCUGGUCCGCAAGCCCCCAAAUCCGUAUCGAUGUUUCGCUUUGUGACCGAGCAAGCGCGCUCGGUGGGCACUUUCGUGUCGAAAGUUUUGAGCCCCCGGGCGGCAGCGGCUGACCAUGCCACUCACAGCGGCCUUGACACUGCUCUCUCCAGCAGCGCGUUCGACGAGAAACUCGAAGAGGCGGCGGCCGAAAGCACCCCUCGGGUGAAUAAAAGUUCCGCCGUUCUCGGGGGUCCAGGUUCUGCUUUCCCAGAAGCUGCGCCGGCGCUUGAACAGGAAGAUGGAGAGGGGUCCCAGCCGGUGGCAAAACCAGAGACGGCAAAACUGACCCCGCCGACACCAAAGGGCGCGGAAGGGGUCACGGAAGCAGCGGUGUCAAAGGGGGUAUCAGGUGGUGUAAGUAGGGAGACCCAGAAGAGUCCGCCGAGAACCCCGAACGCGCAGGGAAUGAAGGGAAAGGCAAGCAAGAAAGCGGAGUCCCAAAUGGGGGAGGAGGUGGAGUCGUCGGUGAGGGGGAUGAAGAGAUUGGCAGACUUGAGCGAUGAGACUCCGAAGGUCAAGAAAAGCAAGGUGGGAGUAGCAGGAACAACGGUUGAGGGGAGGAAUGCGGGAAGGACAGAGGGCUCGGGAGGCAAAAUGGAACAGGUGCACAAAGAGGAAGUGGGAAAGAAAGUGUCCGAAACCAAAGUGAAUGGUGCGUCAAAAGGGAGGGAGAAGGUGGCCAAAGGGGAGGAGAAACGGACGCCGAAACCGGCGAAAAGGUCGUCUCUGGUGGCGGAAGAAAGGGUACCAAAGACGGGAAGGAAACAAACUGAAGGAGAAGUCUCCGAGAUUGGUGUGAACGAGCAGCCGACCCCUAGAGCGAAGAAGGUCAAAGCAGCUGCGAAAAGGGAUGGGACGGAGACCCCGAAGGUAGGGGACAAAACGGGGCCUUCAAAGGUGAAGACAACGGCGAAAAGGCAGGUUCAAGGAACGCCGAAAGCAAAGGGCGGCGCCGAGAAGACGGAAAGUGCGGCAAAGGCGACUUCAAAAACGGCGGGGGUGAAACGGAAAGCGGAGAACGAGGGGACGGCGUCUGGGCGAAAAGCAUCCGGUGGGGGGGUUGGGAAGGCUGCCAAAAGGGCGGGGGGGCAGGAGCUCGAGGGGAGCGAAUACCUGGGGAAGCGGAUAAAGGUUCUGUGGGAGAAGGGCGUCGUGAAAGGCGUGCUGAAGGACACGUGGUAUGAGGGCCUGGUGACGUCAUAUAGCAGCAAGUCGAAGCUCCACGGCGUCCAGUAUGACGACGGUGACUACGAGGACGAGGAUCUGUCGCCCGCUUCUCCGACCAAGUUUCAGUUAGUAAGCUGAUAAUGUUUGCUAUCCAGUUUAUAUGAGGCACUCGAAGGUAGAUUCAAAUCACGUACAUGUUUGUUGAAUGGAUUGACGAGACCUAUGCCUGUCUUGAGCUAGAAACCAGGUCGGACGUGAUUCAUUGUCAGCCGCAAGACCGAGAGACGUGGCAGGAUGACGUACCUUAUUGAGCGGUGCCUCCUUGGUUACAGAAAACUUAAUUUUGACUGGGCCCGGGUUAGAAAUGGAGCCUGU